GACAGUCAUCACUCUCAAUCUCAGAUACCCGACCCACACCAAACCUAGUGGUGUAACUCAAAUUCUCCCUAAAAAAAUAGUUUGGGUUUGAACAAAUAAACUUUUACCAGCACAGUGCCAUCCCCUCCCUCGUCUUCUUCGUGCACUCUCUUUAAUUAUACUGAAGGUUAUUCACCGAUAAAUUUUGAAACCAAUUGCCUUGUCCCUUACACUUCUCCUUCGGUUAUUCGUCCUCCAUAUUUCAUUAUUCUUCUUUGACAACUGACGCUUGAGUAGUUAUUGAUAUCAGCAUUUGGUCAAUUAAAGAGGCCUACAAUUACAGUGGCAUAUGGAAGCCGAGUUCAGACGAGUUGGAGAUCAAGAUUGCAAACUCGUGGAUGAUAAAUACAAUGUUGAAGCCACCGAAAGUCUAGCCAAUGAGGCACUACAUUUGCCUAUUUCAGAGGCAGCACCAAUAUAUGAGCAACUUUUGACGGUGUUUCCCACUGCAGCAAAAUAUUGGAAGCAGUAUGUGGAGGCGCAGAUGGUUGUAAAUAAUGAUGAGGCCACGAAACAGAUAUUUAGCCGGUGUUUGUUGAAUUGUUUGCAAAUUCCUCUUUGGCGAUGCUACAUUCGUUUCAUCAGAAAGGUGAAUGACAAGAAGGGUGUAGAGGGUCAGGAAGAGACUAGAAAAGCUUUUGAUUUUAUGCUUAGUUAUGUUGGAGCAGAUAUAGCAUCUGGGCCUGUGUGGAUGGAGUACAUCACUUUUUUAAAGUCUUUGCCGGCUUUAAGCACACAGGAAGAGUCACAACGCAUGAUUGCUGUGCGGAAAGUAUACCAGAAAGCCAUUGUUACUCCUACCCAUCACAUUGAACAACUUUGGAAGGAAUAUGAAAAUUUUGAAAAUUCUGUCAGCCGUCAACUGGCAAAAGGACUGUUAUCUGAAUAUCAACCCAAAUUUAACAGUGCCAGGGCCGUCUACAGGGAGCGGAAGAAGUACGUUGAUGGAAUUGACUGGAAUAUGCUUGCUGUACCACCAACUGGCUCUUACAAGGAAGAAUUGCAGUGGAUGGCAUGGAAGAAGUUGUUAGCUUUUGAAAAAGGAAAUCCACAAAGGAUAGACAAUGGAUCAUCCAACAAGCGAAUUAUUUUCACUUAUGAGCAGUGUCUAAUGUAUCUAUACCAUUAUCCUGAUUUGUGGUAUGACUAUGCCAUGUGGCAUGCAAAAAGUGGUUCAAUAGAUGCCGCAAUUAAAGUUUUUCAGAGAUCUUUGAAGGCUCUUCCUGACUCAGAGAUGCUUCGGUAUGCUUAUGGAGAGCUGGAAGAAUCCCGUGGAGCAAUUCAGCCUACAAAGAAAAUAUAUGAAAGCCUUUUGGGAGAUGGUGUUAACACGACAGCACUUGCUCAUAUACAGUUCAUUCGUUUCUUAAGGAGAACUGAAGGAGUUGAAGCAGCUCGCAAGUACUUUUUAGAUGCUCGCAAAUCUCCAAACUGCACGUACCAUGUUUAUGUUGCUUAUGCGAUGAUGGCUUUCUGUCUUGACAAGGAUCCAAAGAUGGCACACAAUGUUUUUGAAGCUGGGUUGAAACGGUUUAUGCAUGAGCCUGUGUACAUUCUUGAGUAUGCAGAUUUUUUAACUCGUUUAAAUGAUGAUAGAAAUAUUCGAGCGUUAUUUGAGAGGGCAUUAAGCUCACUACCAUCAGAGGAAUCUGUUGAGGUAUGGAAGCGAUUCACCAGUUUUGAGCAAACUUAUGGAGAUUUAGCUAGCAUGUUGAAGGUUGAGCGAAGAAAAAAAGAAGCACUUUCUGGAACAGGUGAAGAGGGCCCUUCAUCAUUGGAAAGUUCAUUGCAAGAUGUUGCAUCACGAUACAGUUUCAUGGAUCUUUGGCCCUGCUCUUCAAAGGAAUUGGAUCAUUUAGCCCGACAAGAGUGGCUUGCUAAAAAUAUCAAUAAGAAAGUGGAAAAGUCAACUAUGCUGAAUGGACUUGGGUUUGUAGAUGAGGGUUCUACAGGCCUGACAAGCAAUUUAGCAGUGUCUUCAAAAGUAGUUUAUCCAGAUACUAACCAAAUGGUUAUCUAUGAUCCACGGCAAAAACCUGGUGCUGGGAAUUUUCAGACCACAACAGCAGCUGGAGUUCCCACUGCUUCUAAAUCCUUGUCAAAUCCUGUGAUUGCAGCAGUAGGUGGUCAAACAAUGAGUGCGUUUGAUGAAAUAUUAGAAGCAACACCGCCUGCUUUGGUAGCCUUCUUAUCAAAUUUGCCAGUUGUUGAGGGUCCAAUACCAGAUGUUGAUGUUGUGUUGUCAAUUUGUUUGCAAAGUGAUGUACCAGCACCACAGCCUGGGAAGUCAGGGGCUGCCCCAAUGCCAUUGCCAUCUAUACCUGCUCCUUCCACUAGUGACCUUUCUGUUUCAAGCAAGUCUCAUCCAAUCCCAAGUGCGUCAUCUUUCAAGCCAGCCAAGGGGAAAAGGAAACAUUUUGAUAGGCAAGAGGAGGAGGAAGCUUCGGUCCAGAGCCACCCACUCCCAAGAGAUGCCUUCAGGAUACGGCAGAUCCAGAAGGCUCGCGGUACUGCAUCUCAAACUGGAUCAGCUUCAUAUGGAAGUGCAAUUUCUGGAGAUCUAUCUGGCAGCACUGGCUAAUUUACAUCUUUUUUUCCUUCUUUCAGAUUCCUUGUUUUCCCCCUUUUUAGAUUAUGUACAAGAUCACAUACAUUUUUAGUAAACUUCAAUUGUAUUACUUUUUAUUUUUAUAUUAAUUUCUUUUUUUUUU